GGCAUCUAUAGCAUACGUUAGUGAUCAGAGUACAAGCAUACAAAAAUAAGCAAAAAAAAUAAUGGAAAACGGUCAGACUGAAAGCGAUCCUAAGGAUCUAUUGUUCGAGAAGCAUGUUAAUUAUGUAACAAAUCAUGGAAACGAUAAAAAUGACUUUGAAUACACGAUGACAGAGUUUUUACGGAUGAGUGGAAUCUAUUGGGGAACAACCUGUUUAGAUAUAAUGGGUGAAUUAGACAAGCUUGAUAAAUUAUCGAUUAUUGGAUUCAUUAAAAAGUGUCAAUGUAUAAAAAGUGGUGGAAUCUCUGCUUGUGAAGAACAUGAUCCACAUCUUCUCUAUACACUUAGUGCUAUUCAAAUUCUAUGUACAUAUAAUGCAUUAGAUGAAAUUGAUGUAGCUAGUGUUGGAAAGUAUGUCCAAUCGCUUCAGCAGCCUGACGGAUCUUUCUUUGGUGAUAAGUGGGGUGAAAUUGAUACACGAUUUUCAUUCUGUGCUGUAGCAAUAUUAGCUUUAACUAAUCAAAUGGAUCUAAUUGAUGUUGACAAAGCUGUUGAAUUUGUAUUAUCUUGUGGAAAUGUUGAUGGUGGUUUUGGAAGUAAACCAAAUGCUGAGAGUCAUGCUGGCUUGAUUUAUUGUUGUGUUGGAUUCCUAUCGAUAACACAUAAUUUGCAUAGAUUAGAAACGGAAAAGCUAGCAUGGUGGUUAUGUGAAAGACAAUUAAAAUCGGGUGGAUUGAAUGGACGACCUGAAAAGCUACCGGAUGUCUGUUAUUCUUGGUGGGUGCUGUCUUCUUUAACAAUCAUGGGACGAUCCCAUUGGAUAAGUGGAGAGAAAUUAAAAGAAUUUAUUCUUUCGUGCCAAGAUACUGAAACAGGAGGAUUUAGUGAUCGUCCAGGAAAUCUACCAGACAUCUUCCACACACUCUUUGGAAUCGGUGCAUUGUCAUUAUUAGGAUAUCCAAAUUUAAAGAAAAUCAACCCAACAUUCUGUAUGCCUGAAGAGAUUGUAGAAAAAUUAUAUAAAGUUCAAAUUAUGGAUUCUUGAAGAACUUUAAGCAAGAUAAUUUAUUAAAGCUUUUAAAUACACGUACCACAAAGCUAAGAAACAAAAACCAUUUUAAUUUAAUUAAUUUAAAUGACAGCAUGUUAGCAAAAAAAUAAA